AUGUUCACCCGCGCACAGAUACUCCAGGAUCACGUGCCCGAGCUGAUGCCGACGUUUCAGUACGAGGAGUUCUUGACACGGCCCGACGAGCACGUGACCAAGGUGUUGCUGACCAAGAAGACGGGAAACGGACUAGAACCGGAUACAGCGCCUUCAAAGAACGGGGAUGGAGACGACGACGCGAUGCAACAGAAGAAAUUGAUGUGCGCGCUCCAGUGGUUGCGGUCCGAAGUGGAGAGAGCUGACUGUGAAAACAUUACGCUCGUCGAACGGUAUGACGCCAGAAAUAAAAAGAUCGCCAACGAGUGCCGGGCGAAAGCUCGAAGUACAAACCGAACUGAGCGAGGAUUAACUGCUCAUUGGAAAAAUGAGUUUGUAAGAGUGAUUAAAUCAGUAUAA